CAUUACUCCCAAAUUGAUUCAUACUGUCCUGGGUGUCAGCUAAUUAACGUGUGUAAAGUAUCUAUACAUCAGUAAUAAUAAUGGAAUAUUAUUACUAGAUAAGGAGAUAGACAGGCAACCUAGCAAGGGGAUUUUAAAAGGAUUCACACACAACGCAUUCGAAUUGGUAAGGCUACUGAGUACAAAUUAAUCAACAGAACCGAAGUCAUGCAUUUUACAGUCACAUGGUCUAUCAGACAUCGUGUUAGAAAAUGAGUAUACAUUUGUUUACACUUAACACAUUUGUAUUAUAUACCAUGUACAGCUAUCAAGCGUUAUCGAGCACCGAAUAUCUGUGAUAUCUUCAAGUCGGAGAGAGCAAAUUUUCGAGAAAAAACCAAACAUAUCAUUUCUACUGCUGUCUAGACCCAGUUUUUCUUGAAAUGUUUGGUACUGUUUCGGUGAGAAAAUUGCAAAUGUAACUUAAAUUUACCUCCGAAAAUUCAUUCACGAGAUUAGACGUACAAGGAUUCUGUAGAGGCAAAAUCCUCAGGAAUGACUAAUCUUAGGUAAGGUGGAUCCAAAAAAGUUUAAUUCGAGUAGUAGUCCUCUCAACAUCCCCUUGGGAAACAGUUUUUAGUGGGGCUUAGCAAGUACAUUGAUUUACUUAUUUCUGUUUGUAUCUAAAAUCAUCGAACUUCCAAGUGUCGUCAAAUCUUGAAUGCUACUUGAUCAGAUGAAUCGAACUAUGGAUAAAAGUAUCAAAGAUUGAUGAUGUGAGAUUACUCGUGUUGUUCAGCUCUAAAGUCGAGCUAAGCCGGUAUACAAUAUGGUUAGUACCUAUUAUUAGAGUUAAGUAUAUUGUAACGGAUGGGUUAUACAAGGUCAUUGUACAUCACUUAGUAGACGAUUCCUAUUACAACUAUUUAUCUGGCAAGAGAAAAAGGACGACAGAUUACAUAUGACACAGUUUAUAGCAAUCGUAAGUCAAAGAUUCUUAUAAACAGGUUGUCUAAAGUAAAUGACCUAAAGUAUUUUACAGUUUAUUAUGAUAAAUAACAAGUGAUCCCACAUCCAGAUACGCUUUUUACAGAGGAUGAUAUCAAACCAAUGUUAAUUGUCACAGAGACAAACGAAAUAAAUGAACAAAUGUCAUCGUAUGAAGUUCUGAUAAAACCCAGUAAGUUUACUCAAAUGUUUUUCCUUGGCCGUUUUGGUUGGCACAUUUUACUAACUGUGAAAUUCGAGAAACGUAUUUUCUGCUAGGUCUGAUGAUUUUGUGUUCGGUUUAUGUCAGAUUGAUUUUUGAGUAUAUUCGGAAAUUUGGAAAAUAUAGCAAGUGCAUUCAAAAAUAAACGAACAAAUUUAUAUUUAUUCUUAAGAUUUUCUUACCCAGCCGUGAUUGGAGUGUUUCAGUGAAAGACGAGACCAUAUUAAAUUUAUACAGGCUUUUUUCCCCCAAAGGAUAAUUAUGUAGUUAAUCUGAACUAUUUGUUUCUAAUUAUUUCAUCGUGCUUUCCAUGAACUACGGAUUUUACAAUAGUUGAGCGGCUUUCAAUCCUUCUCCAAGGCGCGCGUUUUGUAAAUUGAUAACGUGUCCUUAUGGAGAACCCUGUUUUUGAUGAUCCUAGUAAUGAAGCCAAAUAUUGGCGGCAAAAGGCUGAAGAGUACCGUAGCGGUAUGGAAGAAGCACGAGAGGAGCUGGAAGACUUCCAGAUUAGUUCACGAGAACUAGAACUGGAGCUUGAAACUCAGUUGGAACAAUUAGAAAAGCGCAAUUCAGAGCUAGUCGUAUUGUGCGAAAAGCUAACUGUUGAAAAAGAUGCCUACCGUCAUAAGGCGGGAAAUAGUCAAGAAUAUGUUAAUCACGAAAUAACUAGACUUCAAGAUGAAUUAGAGAAGUCGAAGUUAGAUCGAGAGAAAAUGCACAAAUAUAUCCGUGAACUGGAACAGUUAAAUGACGAUUUAGAACGUUCUAAGAGAGCGACAGUUGUUACAUUAGAAGAUUUUGAAUCCCGCCUAAACCAGGCUAUUGAGAGAAAUGCAUUUUUGGAGAACGAAUUAGACGAAAAGGAGGAUCUAAUGGUAACUGUCCAGCGACUGAAAGAUGAAACUAGAGACCUCCACCAAGAAUUGGCUAUAACUCGCCGUCAACCUGAAUUGGGCACUCCACCAGAAGUAUGUAAUGGAGGCAAUACCAUUCCUACCAAAAGUUUUAAUAAAAGGCGCCUACGUUCCUGCUCUUAUUGUACUACUGUAUAAUAUCUGUAUAUUAAUUAUUGUUGCCCAUUGAGAAUUCUUUUUCUUGUAUACUUGUACUAUUCUUAACAAUGUCGUCGAACUAAUUUCUUUACUGUUACUUUUUCGUUUCAUAGUGAAUUUACUUAUUGUCAACUGUUUUCAUCCUUUUUUCUUUGAAAAUUUCAUACACUUAAUUUCGAACUUCGCUACUAAUUAUCUCUCUUUCUCCUUCGCUGUAUAUCAAACUGAAAAUCACCUAGAUGUACAACUUGUUCUAAAACUUCUUUUUAAGAAAUCUUUCUCAGAUUCUAUUUUUAUAAACAAAAUCGCAUAAUUCACUAAGUCAGGAAACUUUUGAUAACAGGAUAAUGGAAUGAGAAAAUCGAAAAAAAUACCAAAAAAAAAUGGAUUUACAUGUGUAUGCAAUUAAUUUUUACAAUUAACUGUUUCAUGUUGAUCACGCCUCCGAUUACACCGUAUGUGCUCUUUAUCACAUGAUCUUUUUUUUUCUCUAUCUCUCGAAAAUGUUAUUAUUCACAUUAUGUACGAUUUAUGUAAAUAUUUUGCACUUGUCUUACAGUUUUUAUUCCAAUCAGAAUAUGUAUGUAUAUUUGCACAGUUUUGUUGUUUAUGUGUUAGUUUCUUUCCCUAAUAUGUUGUAUGCUUAUGUACCUGUGUGUUUGUGUACAUGGAAAAAAUGCUUUUCUUUAUCCAUGAACUCUUCUGAUUUACUCGUUUUUGUUUCAAAUAAUAUUAAUAUAAUUGUAUGUGAACAUGUUUUAUUUAAUAAUAUUGCGUUCAUCAUUAAAUAAAACCGUCAGUGCUUAGUUUCUUGUGCUUGUCACAAAAUAUUCUUCUUACUUUACUAUGUAUAUUAAUUUUCUUUUGUUUUAAUGAACAAUAAUUUGAUCCAACAAUUUGUAUUUAGACAUCAGUUUAUCAAAUUUAUCUCUGUUAAUAAUGCGUGUAAAUAACUGUGCUCAAUUGUUUGUUGUAAGAAAAAAACGAAACUGUUUUGUUAAGGCAGCAAUGUAAAUUCUCUUUGACCAUAUCACUUUUAGAAAUGUACAGAAAACAUCAGAGAGGGUGAAAUUUUUGUCUGCGUUCACUUUUUGACUGUUUAUUUUUAUGGUUUUUUUCCAGUUCACUUUAACUGUUAUUGUUUUUGAACAUGGUAAUUAAUUUACUCUCUCUCUUUUCUGUAAUAUGCAAAGAAAAUUAUACAUCAAUUUUUACAGAAAAGUUGUUUUCUUUCUUGGAAAAAAUAUUUUGGUUUGUACACAUUUGAAGUUUUCUUAACAUUUGUUUAUCAGUGAUACAUAAAUCGGUGAAGUAUAGACUGAUGAUGUAAAUUUAAUAAUCAAUGCAUGUAAUUAUGUGUAUACAUCGUUCUUUUUUGAUUAAACCAUUAAUCUGUAUUGGGUAGCUUACAUGUUUUAUUGCUGAUCAAUCGGUGAUAUUACUUACUGAACGGUUUUAUUUGAUGUGUGUGUAUAUAAAUUAAAUAUCAGCAGUCAUAUAAAUUUAACAGCAACCCUAUUAAAAAUGGACAAAACUUCCCUAGAAUAAACAGGUUGUUUUCAUGCUUGUGUGUAUACCACUGAAGGCUUUUCUUCACAGUCAUUUUGUCUUAAUAAUAAUAAGUAGUCAUUUUAAUCUAUAACAAAACGAGAAUGCAUUUUUUUUAUAUUCACUAUGUAGUGUUCUCAAUAGCUUAAUGAUAAAUUUUAACUAGGUAUCUGACACCUAUAAAUUAUUGUUCAAUUUUAAUUAAAUUCGUCUAAUACUACUUUUAUGACUUUCUACUUAUUAUUAUACUUCUGUAUAUAUUUAUAUGUAUAUUAGUAUUGUUGUUUACUUUUUGACUUGUCCUUUGUUUUAUAGUUUCGACCUGUCUAUGUUUCGGCAUCAAAACGUAUUAUUUUCAACUCAAAAUGACAGAUCGAAAGUUUUUUUCUUAAUACUUUUAAAGAGAAUUCUUCUUUUCUUCAGUUCGUUAAAUAAUUAUUGAUAAUAUUUAAUUAUUUGUGUUAAAGGAGUUAUAUGAUAAACGCUAACUUUGGGUGUAAAUGACUACUUGUGUGUUUGUUUAUCUGUCUUCCAACAUGGCCAAAUAUUAUAAUGAUCACACUAUUCCCUCCUUAUUUCUGUGGUUGUCGUUGCCAGUUAUAUUUGUAACAAUUAAUCCUGUGAAAUCACUAGGAAUGAAGAUCUUUGUCUACUUUAUAUUGUUUCUUUUUUCUAGAUGUUUUUGUUAAAUGUUUGUUUCGUGCAUGUAUUUUAAAACGGAUUGUUCAGUGUGCUUUCAUCAUCACUUACCAUAUUUUCUAUUUUUGUACAAUUUAUUAUGCUGUUUUUCACUUUGUACAGACUUCAAAUUUUGUCAAGAAUAAGUCAUUUCUUAUUAUGAAACUGGUUAUUUAAUAUGCAUUAAAUAAUUGACGGAAUCUAGUCAUGACAGGUUUCAAUGUGAAGUUUUGGUUUCUAUAUAUCAGCAAACUGAUCGACAAUAGUUGGAAUGAUCAUGACAAUAAAAAAGGUUACGAUGUUAUAUGGUGAGCUUAGUGAGGAUAAGGAUAUUAGUCAUUAUGAUUGUUUUAGUAAGUCAGAGGUUAAAAUGUAUUCUUAUAGUGAACGAGAACUUAGAUAGAGAAGACCGGUUUAUUAUUUAAUACAUAAUUACAGGGUGCUUACACAAAAUGUGAAUUCCAUAUAUUUAAUACAUAAUUUGCACAUUGUCUCUUACAAGCUUUAUUGUCCCUCCACUCCUGUUCGUAUCUUGAUUGCUUUCAGUUUCCUUCUCUCUCUUCAUUUCAAUUUUCCCAACCUUCUGCUUGCAGACAUUCCACUUCCAGCUGGUGCUACAUGCUACUUUUAUCUGCAAACAUAAGUAGCAUACGCUAUAAUCUGUGUAUCCUAGGUGAUCACGGUCAGUAUCCAUGCCAUGUAGUGAGUAAUUAGUAGCAUGGAAUUUGAAAAUGUGACGAAGUGACAAUUUCCUGUCAUCAUAUACUUAGUUGUUGUUUUUCUAGUGUUUGUUUGUAAUGAGACAAUGCUUCGUGUAAUUUAACUGCAAUGUAAUCGUCACUUGAACAUGUCCUUAUUUUCUAUUCAUUAAUAAAAUUGGAAGAUAUUAAACAGUAUAAAGUUUUCAUAGCUUGAUCACUAGCUGAUCUCAGCUAGACCACCACUGAAAACCCGUCUACGAGCUAUAAGUGUCGCUCAGUGUCGUAAAUCGUUCAAAGUUAGACACUAACACCGUUGGAUACCAACUCAAUGGUUUAGAGAUUUAACUUUUGUGUGCGAAGUCCAAGGUCUUGGGUUCGAUUAUCAGGUACGGGAUCAUGGAUGCACACUGCUCAAAAGUUCUGUAUCAGGGUGAAUCGGCAGUCCAGUACUUUCAGGUUUUCAGUGGUUAUCUAACUAAGAUCAUUGACAUAUCACGGUCAUUCGUUGGACAUAAUUCAAUGGUAUUGGUUUUAAUUCAAUUUUGUCAGUAUUAUGUCAUGUUGUUUGAUUUUCCUCGGCAUAUAUUUGUGAGGAAAUUCCUCAUUGUCUAUGCGCUUUGACGGUUCUAGCACUAUCAGGCUAAUUAAGUCAGUUAUUUCAUUUUAAUUUAUCAAAAUUUACUGUGUACAUGAGUUUAGGAUAUUUGGUUUUUAACGUUGGUUUUCAUCGCUUAUCUACCAGAUUUCAGUAAAAAAAGUGACGUUUAUCCAUUUUUCUAUAUGUACGCUAGUCUUAUUAUUUGUAUAAAUACCACGUCUGUUUAAUUGCAUAAAAUAACAUCUUAACUAAAACUACGAUUGUCAAUUGAUUUUAUUCUCAUUUUACAGAAAUCAAACAUGUCAUCGAGUUUUUAUCAAUAAACAUAAUUCCUGUUUGCGUUCAAGUGAUACAUCCAUGGCAAGAGCUGACUAUCCUCAUUUGACUACAUGUUGAAUAUUUAAUACUAUUUAUCUUAUGCUAUAGAAGUUUAUUUGAUUCUAUUUUUGUUAGAAUUCAUUAGUUGAAGUAAAAGUGAUUGAUAAAAGGUAACAAUUACGGUUAUGAAAUAAUUUCUUGUUAGAUUUAUUACUUAUUAAAUAAGUUAGAGUUGGUGCAGGGACACUUGAAAAUUUUAUUUACAAAAGUCAAAGUAAAGUGGGUAUUUACUUUUCUAUCUAUCCUGUGACCAAGAAGUGAAUUGCACGUUCGCUAUUGACUCGGUGGUAUAGUUCAACUUUAUCCUUAUUUUACUCAUGUUACAUAAACUGUCGACCAAGUAAUUCAGUAUGUACGGUUGUGGUUGUAAAUAUUUGUCACUGCGAUUCCCCUGUCGUCAAGGCAGGAGAUCCGUAAAUUUUCAUAUGUACUUAAAGAGCAAGCAUAAAUUAUUUUAGCCUGUGCGUUAUUGUUACAGGUACUAAACACAUGAUUAUAGUCUACACUUGACCGAUCAAUAAACUAAGGCCACAAGAUUAGUCUGUGCACUUUUAAACGUCUGUCUAUUCACUAACCAUUCAAUGUCAUCAGGAUUAUAACCACCUGAUCAAGUUAAAUAUUUUCUUCGCAAAUAGCAAUGAUUGUGACUUUCUGAAGAUCAACGUUUGUGUUUAGUGUGUUUACGUUUUUGUGUGUAUGAGGUUCGUGUAACUUUUCUGUAGUGAAAUAGCUGUCUUAAUUUGUGAGGUUUGGUAAUCAAUUCUUCUUCAGUGAUCGUGUGUCUUUGUAUGUGAAUGUGUGCGGAGAAUAUCUCACUUAGAGAACUCACUUAUCGGCUAGGUUAUGCAAAGACCAGUUAUUUUUGAUGAAGACAUCGACAAAAUUCGUAUUCUUCUGACCUCCUUGAGUAUAAGAAUGAUCAAAAAGUAUCUAAAAUGUUACUUCAGAAGUGGUGUACGUUAGCAUUUAGAAUGAUUAUAGGAUGUGAUGUAGUUUGAAGCUUUAAAUAUUUCUCUUAUAUCAAAAGUUUUAUAAGUCCUGGUGUAAGAGUCAGUCAGGCUUUGUCAACUUGUUUCACCUGCAGCGUAGGUGAUAUAUCCAUCACUUUAUUAAAUACCAAGUGUAAACUUCAGCAUUUCACUCUGUCUUACUUUAUGACAGUCAGACACUACGGUUACUGUUUCAACUUAUUGUCUAUACAUUUUAUGAGUUAAGUGAAUAUGGCACACUAAUCAAUUGCUUACUACAAGCCAUUGAUUCAGUAGAUUAUAAAUAGUGUUUAUUUUCAUUCAAAUGCGGAUAAUGUAAUGUUUUCAAAUAUAAAUACGUAGUUAGUUGAUCAAUGUGUGAAUUUUUGAUACUGCUUUAAAGGUGUCAGUGAAUAUCAUUUAAACCUCCUUAAAAACUGAAAAUAUUUUCAACCAAUCAAUAUAUAUGGUGUACUAAUGUUUUGUUUGAUGCACCAAUUAUUAUUUAUUUUGUAUAUGUUUUACAGAUUCCCUAAAUUAAAAUUUUCUAAGUAUCAUUACCAAGGUUGGACAUGAUAAUCUAGAAUAAAUUGAGCAUUGAGUAGAUUGAUAAUAAUAUGAAUAAUAUAUUUAUACUAAAAAUAUUCUGUUUUGUUUCCAUCACACUAUUUAAAUUUAUGUUAGUUCGUUUAUUUAUUCGUACUCUCUGAUGAAGCCGCUUACACACAGGAAAUCUAGUUUUUUACUGAUUAAGAUUUUACAAGUAUUUUAUUCUUAUUAUACAGUUUCUUGUGAUCAAGUAAAUUUUGUACUCAUAUUUCAUAGUAAAGCUUCAGUUAUAUUAGUAAAAUCCUAUCUGAUCCAUCUCCAACCUUCUUUUGGAAUCUAAACAAAUAAGUAGUCAUAAUUAUAAGAUUUCAGUAACCAUAACUAACAUAAUAAAGUCCCCAUCAGGAUUAUAGAGACAUAUCUUAACAAUGAUUAAUAUUAAAACCCAAUUUAAGCGUAUCCUUGUACAAUAUUUACAAGUAUGGAUUGGUAUAUUGGAUUAACCCAUGAUUUGAAAUGUUUUCACACUGCAUAUUUGUUUAGUAAUAAUAAUAAUAAUAUUAUUAUUACCAUUUAGUCUCUAUUAUUCUAUUUGUUGUUGUAAAACGUUUAUUGUACUUCUGACGUCGUUUAAUAAAUGUGCUGUCAUCUUAAUUACAUAGAUAAUUUAUCUAACCUAUGCUUUUAAAAGAAUGAUUAGUGAUUGUAUGUGUGUAUGUAUGUGAACAAGUAUUUGUAUAAUAUAAUAUGUAUUUGCCUGUUAUUAUUAUUAUUAUUUAUUAUUAUUAUUAUUAGAAGCUUUAUUCAACACUAUAUUUUUGGUACGAUAUAGAAUUCUCAGCAUAAAGUAUUUCAACAAGUUUCCUUUUCUUAUAUCUUGAUCGAUUGUGCCGAUAAAUUUUGAAUGAUGACCAGUUAGAUGUUAGGAGUUCGAUAAUCCACAUUUGAUUAAUGUUCAUUCGUUUCAAUGCAUAUUGCCAGCCACCAUGAUGUCGCUGAUUGUACCUUUUUGUAACCCGUACAGCGAAAGGUUGUAAACUUCAUAAACGCGCCUGAAUAGUUUGUGAGCACAAUAGACAUAAUGAUGUGCUAAAACAAACAAGAAAACAAAUAACUUGAUGAAAUAUCUAGAUCGGAGGAACAGGUAGCCUAAAUAUUCAAGCAGGCCGCCACUGUUUAUUCCAUUAUUCAUAUUAAUUUUUUUAUUUUUACAAUUUACCCUUGAUUUCAUGCCCAUUUGACUAAUUGAGAGAAUUUAUCUCUUAAGAAAUUUAGAAAGAUUAUGUUGAAAUUAAAUAGUGUUUCAAUCACUGAGUUCAAAUAAUUGUAAUCUCAAAGUCAUCUUAUUACAUAUUUAUAAUAUAUACAAUUUCUAUGUCAAACUAAAUAGAAAAAAAAUUACAUAUUUUCUUUUAUAAUGAUAAUUAUUGAUAAAUAAAUAAAUAAAUUUACAUUUGUAGUAUGCAUGUAUGUGUGUGUAGGUGCUCAAUUGAUUGCAUUAUAGUUCACUGAUAUUUGUUAACAACAUAUUAAAUAGUUUUAAUUGUAAUAGAGUAAUUCAAUUUAUUAAUUGGUUUGCUCUCAUUAUUAUUGUUAACAUUUUUUGUUAUAAUAACUAUGAUUUUGUUUCUGAUAAUUAAACAUUGAGUGAGGUUAGUAUUUAGUUCCAAUGAUGUAAAUGACUGACUCUUCUUUACUGAUUCUAGAGUAGGUGGGUGGUGACUCAUUAGUUAAAGCGUUCAACCUUCAAAUACUAAGUCUUUGGUUCGAACCUUGUUUCACCUAUUUCAGUUUUAACAAUCGGGUAGUGUUACUACUCUUCACACUUAAAUCGUAGAUGAAGACCAAGUAAAGGAAUUUGUAUUCCGCAAGAUUUAGUAAGAAACUAUUGCUUAAAAUAUUAGAGUCUAUACUAUCUGUCUUAGUGAUCGAAAGCAUGGUGUACAGCUUAAUUCAUAAACGUAUUUCACCGAUUUGUCUAUUAUAGAAAUACAUGUUAAUUUCACUUACCUUCUUAGUGUACCUAAAUUUUGAUAUUUACUCCUAAUAUCGUAUACAACAUAUAUUCAGUUACUACUGUCAUUACACUCUUUCAUGCUUUAGCUUUUUUGUUGAGAGUAAAUCUAGAAAUGAUCUGAUUGUGAAUGGAAACUGAUUUGGAGAUGAAUAAAACAAUAAAAGAAACAUUUUGUUGUUGUACUUCAUAGUAUUCAAUAAGUGUUACACAUGAAUUCACAUGUUGUUUUCUAUGUCGUAAGUGCAUUUCAUAUUACUAUAUGGUUCCACAACAUAAUUAUUGGGGA